AUGAGUGGAGGAAGAAACGAUGAUGCAAUUGCUGAAGCUUUGGAAUCAUUGGCUCAAGCAAUGGCUCAGAAUAAUCAGAACAAUCAGAAUGGUGGGGCCGUUAAUGAAUUCUGUGGAUUAGGGAUGUUUCAGAGAAACAAUCAGCCGACUUUCAAGGGUAGACAUGAUCUAGAGGGUUCGCAAACAUGGAUCCGUAAGAUUGAAAAUAUUUUUAGAGUAAUGGCCUGCACCGACGAACAAAAAAUGUUGUUCGAUACUCAUAUGCUAUCAGAGGAAGCCGAAGAUUGGUGGGAUAAUGUGUAUCACAUAAUGGAUGAUGAAGAGAAGUACUUUCCAGAGGACGUGCACGGUAAGAAAGACAUUGAGUUCCUUGAGCAGAGGCAAGGGAAUAUGACAGUUGAUGAGUAUGCUGCUAAGUUUGAAGAGCGUAUGAAGUUUUGUCCAUACUAUAAUAGUGCGGCUGUUGGGGAUCUAUGUGAAUCAAGUUUGAGAGUGGCUUACAUCCUAAAAUCAAGCAUGGUUUUGGGUAUCAGGAGAUUUGGCGGUUGUCUGUACUGGUGA